UUGAGGUUUGAAUCCAUAAAAAAUGGCGCCAAAAACGGUUGCGAUCUUCGUUGCACUUGUAGCAAUUGCCGUUGUUUCGACAAUGGUAAAGGGUCAAUCCGACUGCACAAGUGUGAUAGUGAGCAUGGCGUCGUGCCUCAACUACGUGUCAGGAUCGGCCGCCACGCCUUCAGCAUCAUGCUGCUCCGCCUUGGCUAAUGUGGUGAAGACGCAGCCACGGUGCCUAUGCACCAUAGUCAACAGCGGGGGAUCAUCAUUUGGCGUUAGCAUCAAUCAAACCCUCACACUUGGUCUCCCUGGCGUGUGCAAGGUGGAUACCCCGCCAACUAGCAGAUGUAACGUUGUUAAUGGGCCUGUGGGUUCUCCAGAGAGCGCACCUCCAGAAUCUGCUAAUGGAGUGCCUGGUUCUCCCUCUGUCACUGGGUCGAAGACAACUCCUACCGAUGGCUCAACCUCAAGCGGAAGCACAAUCGACAUCAGUCUUGUGACCAAAAUCACAUUCUUCAUCACAGUUGCAUAUGCUUCAUCAGCUCUCAACAUCUACUGAUUUUAGAGAGAAUUAAGAAAUCAUAAUACUCCAUAUGUUUUAUGUGCGUCUUUGUGUGUGUGUGUGUGUAUUAAGUAUUAAUUGCUAUUUUAUUUUCCUGUAAGAACCAUUGAUGGUUUGUGUGAGUUUUUUAAAAAUGUGACUUUUAUAAAUUGGUGAGAAUGUGUUAGUCGUUUCAGUGUUU